AUGAGAGAAAAUCCCUAUGCCAAUGCAGGAAAGAAUCCAGAUGAAGUGAGCUAUGCGGGAAACAACUUUGUUAGAUAUACAGGUGAUACCAUUUCAAUGGCUCAGACACAGUUGUUUGCAUGGGAAGCCUAUGACAGGGGAUCUGAAGUGCAUCUGCAGGCCGAUCCUACCAAACUAGAGCUCUUGUAUAAGUCCUUCAAGGUCCAAAAAGAAGACUUCAAAGAACAGCAGAAAGAAAGCAUCCUGGAAAAGUAUGGUGGCCAAGAACAUUUGGAUGCUCCUCCAGCUGAAUUGCUUUUAGCUCAGACAGAAGACUAUGCGGAGUACUUAAGGCAUGGGACAGUACUUAAGGCAAAGGACAGGAGCGGGCUGUCGCCUGCUCCAAAUAUGAGGAGGAUGUGA